AUUAAAAAAUUUGUUGCCUCGUUUAAUUUUUCGUUGACUGUUUAUUUUAGAAGUUUUCUUAAAAUAUUUAAGAAUUUAAGAAUGAACAUAGCAGUAUAGUGUUCUGUGAUGAGCUUUCGAUCAAUUAUUUUAGAAUAGAUAAGAACCAAAGAAUUAAAUACCUAAUAUAAGCGAAAUAAAAAAUAAUUACACAAACAACAAAUACAUGGGUAAACUUAAAUUUCGCCCUGUGCAUUGUCUACCAACGAACCCUGAUAAAAUAAUUUUAGUGUAAGUCUGACACUUAAAUGGAAUGAUAAAUAUAGCCCUGUGAAACUAUGGCAAGCUGUUAUAAAAAAAGGAGACUUGAACAUGAAGAAUCUGAGGACAAGAUUACAGUUACAGAUAAAUCCAUGAACUCUAUAACUCACAGUGGAGAAGACUCAAAAAACAGAAAGAAGCUCAAAUCAGAUGUUGAAAAUGAAGGAAAUCUUGUAGUUAAAUUGGUUGAAUACGAGACUGAUCCUGAAGUACUACAGAGGCGCCAAAAGCAAAUUGAUUAUGGAAAAAACACAGUUGGGUAUCAAAAUUAUGUUCAACAAAUUCCACUAAACAAAAGGACUAAAGAACUACCAAAGACUCCAGAUAAAUACUUGAAAUAUAGUAGGCGGUCAUGGGAUAUGUUAAUAAAGCUUUGGAGAAAAAAUCUACAUGAAUUCGAUCCCAACUUUGGAGAAGUAAAGAAAGAAUGCAAUGAUGCUAAUAAGAAAGUUAAUGAUGAUGACUCUUCCGAUUAGGAAUAAUAAAUAAAUUUAUAUUCUUGAUAGAUAUUUAAGCCCACAAUAUACAUAUAUGUGUUGUAUAAAUAUAUUACACAUGUAUAAAUGAUAUCACAGACCACACCACAACUAGCCAGCUAGUUAGAUAUUGGUAAAUAACAUUUUGUCAUC